AUGUCGAUGGGAAUAUCCUUAUCUCAAUUCAUAGUCGAGAAACAAUUACCGUUAUCGAGUGGUAUAUCAGGAUUAGAUGAUCUGUUAAAUGGAGGAUUUCAAAGAAGAUCCAUCUAUGAAAUAUUUGGAACACCAGGGAUAGGAAAGACCAGGUUUGGUAUUCAGUUGGUUGACAAUUUUUUAUCUAGUGAUGAUGAUAAUAUCAAUGGACAAGAUAAUGGCGAAAAAUCCGUCUUAUGGAUCGAAACACAUCGACCAAUUUCUGAUAAUUUCAUUUCGAGAAAUAUAAACCAUAAUAAUCAUACUGAUACUAAACAGACGACGCAAGAUGAAAAUAUUUUUAAAAUCCGGAUAACUAAAUACACAGAGUUGUUAUAUUUUUUCCGAAGACAACUAUCCAAAAAAAUUAAAGAAGAGACAAAGGAUGAUGAAGACCACGAUGAUAAUGAUACUAGCCAUAUAAAGAAAAGAGGGUAUGAGUUGAUUAUUAUAGAUGGGUUCUCUCAGAUAAUAAAUGAUCAUAUACAAAUUCUACUCAAUAGGGGAUAUCAAGAGACUUCAAUUCAUGAAACGAAAUGUAAUCAUCUGAUAUUAUUAAUGACAUGGAUGACUAAAUACAUUCAUUCGCAUAAUGGUACGAUAAUCUUAUUGAACGAUAGUAUGAACACAUCGUAUCAACAAUUAGAUCUUUCUUCCAUGGAGAAUGAUUUCGAAGUUAUUGAAGAUGGUUCCAACUUUUUUGUAAAGUCGUGGUUUGGUGGAAUGACGAACCAAAACAGUAAGGAAGAAACUCUGGGGCGCAAUUCCAUCCCAUCAAGAUCAUACUCUGAGAGUUAUACACAUAACAACAACAACAGUACUACCGGUAAUAAUAAACGCACGCCACUUCGAAGAAAUAAUGUUCAAGUAUUGAAAAGUUCUUUAAUUGCUAAUUCUGCGAUGGGUCCCAAGGAUUUUAAAUGGGAAAUUUUCUUGAAGAAACGGAUUGGGUUCUUCUGGAAUUGGUUAAAUGAUACUGAUGCUAAUACUGACAAAAAAAGCAAGUUUGAAAGAUGCCGUCUGGCCAUCAUAUUUGACCUUAAUAAUGAUCAUGAUUCCUCGAAUAGGAGUAGUCCAGAACCUUCCAAUACCCCACUUUCUCAACAACGUCAGGGUCUUUUGAAAAGGAACAACAGACAAGAACCACAACAGGGUCACAUUGACACACUGAAGAAUUCAUUUGAAAAAUGUGCCAAAUUUGCUUAUUGUGAGGUAACGAAUACGUUUGUAUCAGUUGGUAAUUCAGGCAACAAUCUUAACAUAGGCGUCAAGAAAAGGAGGAGAUUAGACAAUGUUAAUGGUGAUUAUAAUAUGUUACGGUCAUUAACCACUACUAACUCCAUCACCAAUGCCACCACUACAAUACCAUCAACUUUGGGCCAAAUAACCGGAACGUGUGAAACUCUCAAAGGAGGAAAUGUGUCCAAUUUGAUUCCUAUUGAAGUAACUCAACAAGAACAAGAACAAGAACAAGAGUCGUCUCAAAAGAGUAAUAAAAAGUUGACGGACAAUGGGCUAGAAUGGACGACCUUAUCCGAACAGGGUAAUAACAAAGGGGUAAAUAUAUGCAAGGACCCCAGAGAGGAAACAACAAUUCAGAUAGGGAAAGGAACAAUGGUCGAAGAUGAUGAAAACGACAUAAUUUAUGACAGUGAAGCUUAA